AACCUUUGGACCUGGUGGCAGCUCUAUACAUUAACAAAAAGCGUGCACUGAAAGCAACUAUUUUUUGUGUUUUUACACAAUAAAAUCACCAAUAAAAUAUAUACUCAAAGCACAAGACCUGCAACUGUUUUAAAACCUUAAGAAUUUUAAAUAAUUGUACGUAAGAAACAAACAAAAUGGACAAAAACAGCGCGGCAUUGUACAAAAAAAUGCAAACAGAGGUUGAGUCAUACCAAACCCUGCAAAAAUCUUGUCUGAAGGUGGUGAAGCAACGUGCACUCCUGGAGAGUCAGCUGAAUGAGAACAAGUGUGUGCUGGAUGAAUUGAAUUUGCUCGGAUCAGACAAUAAAGUGUACAAGUUGUUCGGACCGGUGCUUGUAAAACAAGAACUGGAGGAUUCACGCCAAAACGUUGGAAAGCGCAUUGAGUACAUUUCGAAAGAAUUAAAGGGUUCAAGCGAUACACUUGAAAUCAUGGAAAAGGACAUGUUGAAACAUCGUGAAGCUGUUGCCAAGUACCAACAACAAUGGCAAGUUGCAGCAGCCAUGAAGUGAAGUAGCGGGCUUAAAUUAUUAUUUAUUAAUCUGUUUGAUUGUUUAAAGGCAUUUACGACAUUAACAGAUAUCCACAUUAAUUUGAAAUCAAUGAAAUACACAUGAACAAAACUAUUAA